GGUGUCGCUGUUAGCUCUGAACUCGGUCUCUCUGUUUACCUGCCGCUGGCUCUCUUUGUGCGCUCCCUGACUCAAAGUGCGCACAAAGGAGGACAAUGUGCGCCGUGCUGCUGCUGCGGGUGUCGGUACAUGAGCGGAUCAGCGCUGCCGCCGAAGACUUUCUGCUGCAGGUGGAGAAGGGAGAAGAAACGGCUCAUGUCCCGGCGCUGAGAGCGCUGCUCACCGAGCGGCUAACGGCAGCGGCGGAGGAGAUCGUCGCUGUGUUUGAGGAAACCGUGGCGGAGUACAAAGACAGAGUGGAGCGGUCAGAGCGGGAGAUCUGCCGCCAGAGGAGGCUGCUCGAUGCCGUGAUGAAGCCUGAAGUCAGGCUGCACAGAGCAGCAUUCCUGCAGCUGGUGGUGAGUGAAGAAGAGGUUCCCCCUGAGCAGCAGCAGUGGAGCCCCCUUGUGGACCAGGAGGACCCAGAGCCCCCCCACAUUAAAGAGGAACAGAUAGAACUGAGGAUGAGUCAGGAGGAAGAAGCUGAUAUCAAGUUCACAUUGACUCCUGUCGCUGUGAAGAGUGAAGAAGAUGAAGAGAAACCUCAGUUGUCACAGUUUCAUCAGAGUCAGACUGAGGAGAACAGAGCGGACUGUGGAGAAUCAAAACCAGUCAGGAACUCAGGUCCUGAUGGACUUUUACAACCAGGUCCUGUGGACACGACUGAAGACUCCCCUGAACCUGAGACUGAAGCCAUUGAAGAUGAUUGGGAGGAGACAUGGGAACCUCAGUCUGGUUUAAAUACAAUGAAUAACAAACAGCCUGUAAGUGAUAUGAGAUGUGAAACUGAUAAGAAACCAUUUAGUUGCUCUGAGUGUGGUAAAGGAUUUACCCGAAAGUCCCAUGUAAAGAGACAUGUGAGAAUUCAUACAGGAGAGAAACCAUUUUGUUGCUCUCAAUGUGGGGAUAGAUUUAGAGAAACGGGCCAUCUAAGUAAACACAUGAGGAGUCAUACAGGAGAGAAACCAUUUAGUUGCUCUCAGUGUGGUUCUAGUUUUAGAGAAAAGGGCCAUCUAAAUGUACACAUGAGGAGUCAUACAGGAGAGAAACCAUUUAGUUGCUCUCAGUGUGAUUCUAGAUUUAGAGAAAAGGGCCAUCUAAAUAUACACAUGAGGAGUCAUACAGGAGAGAAACCAUUUAGUUGCUCUGAGUGUGUUUAUAGAUGUAGCCGAAAGACCGAUUUAAAGACGCAUAUGAAAAUUCAUACAAGAGAGAAACCAUUUAGUUGCUCUGAGUGUGGUAAAAAAUUUAGCCGAAAGUACCAGGUGAAUAUACAUAUGAGGAUUCAUACAGGAGAGAAACCAUUCAGUUGUCCUGAGUGUGGUAAAAGAGUUAGCCGGAAGGACCAGCUGAAUAUACAUAUGAGGAUUCAUACAGGAGAGAAACCCUUUAGUUGCUCUGAGUGUGGUAAAAGAGUUAGACAUAAAGUUCAUCUAACUGAACAUAUGAGAAGUCAUACAGGAGAGAAACCCUUUAGUUGCUCUCAGUGUGGUAAAACAUUUAACCAUAAGUCCACUUUAAAUAGACACAAGAGGAUUCAUACAGGAGAGAAGUGAUACAGUUGCAUCGAUUCCAACAAAAGAUCUAUUCGUAUUUAUCAGCAACUAUUCAUAUAAUACGUUGUACAAAACUGUAUUAUAAUGAUGCUCACAAGCCCCAGGUGCAGCUCGGUCAGAUAUCAAUCAUAUCUGUGGAAACAUUGGUAUGGGUGCCUUUUAAGACUCUCAUGAAUAAGAGUAUGUUGUAUGUGUUUAUGUAUCUGUUUUCUUUUUUCUUUAUGGUGUAUGUCAUGCUAUUGGGUCUAGAGCCUGUAAUAAAGUUUAUCUAUAUA